AUGUCCAUGCUGCCCACCUUCGGCUUCACGCAGGAGCAAGUGGCGUGCGUGUGCGAGGUGUUGCAGCAGGGCGGCAACAUCGAGCGGCUGGGCCGCUUCCUGUGGUCGCUGCCCGCCUGCGAGCACCUCCACAAGAAUGAAAGCGUGCUCAAGGCCAAGGCCGUGGUGGCCUUCCACCGCGGCAACUUCCGCGAGCUUUACAAGAUCCUGGAGAGCCACCAGUUCUCGCCGCACAACCACGCCAAGCUGCAGCAGCUGUGGCUCAAGGCGCACUACAUCGAGGCCGAGAAGCUGCGCGGCCGGCCCCUGGGCGCCGUGGGCAAAUACCGCGUGCGCCGCAAGUUCCCGCUGCCGCGCUCCAUCUGGGACGGCGAGGAGACCAGCUACUGCUUCAAGGAGAAGAGCCGCAGCGUGCUGCGCGAGUGGUACGCGCACAACCCUUACCCGUCACCGCGCGAGAAGCGCGAGCUGGCCGAGGCCACCGGCCUCACCACCACGCAGGUCAGCAACUGGUUCAAGAACCGGCGGCAGCGCGACCGGGCGGCCGAGGCCAAGGAAAGGGAGAACAGCGAAAACGCCAAUUCCAACAGCCAUAACCCGCUGACUUCGUCGCUGAACGGCAGCGGCAAGUCGGUGCUGGGGAGCUCCGAGGACGAGAAGACGCCGUCGGGGACGCCGGACCACUCGUCGUCCAGCCCCGCGCUGCUGCUCAGCCCUCCGCCGCCCCCCGGGCUGCCGUCCCUGCACAGCCUGGGCCACCCUCCGGGCCCCAGCGCGGUGCCCGUGCCCGUGCCGGGCGGAGGCGGUGCGGACCCACUGCAGCACCACCACGGCCUGCAGGACUCCAUCCUCAAUCCCAUGUCAGCCAACCUCGUGGACCUGGGCUCCUAG